AACAACAACUGCUGAAUAUUGUAUCAACCUUCUGAACAGUAAAGUUGGGAGUGUGGCGGUCAUAUCGCACAGCGCAUGUAUUUUUAACCCUCGGUUGCUGCAUUACCGGAGUCCCGUCCACCCACGUGCUUCAAAACGCGGAGACGGAGGCAGCAAAAACGCACUUUCUGCGGCUCCGAGCGCAGCGACAGGGGGCGUCCGACGCGUUGCCGAAGCGCAGGCGGUGGGUGCAGUCGGGGCCGCUGUAGGGAGGGAGGGAAGUGAGGAAAGGGAGGGCGAGAGGAGAAGGAGGGAUGGAGAUGGAUGAUAGAUGCUUAUGUAGUGCGUCCCGUACGUUCGCCGUUAUGCUCGGCCGCAGACAAACUUGCAUCCUCCCGUGACUUUCUUUCUUUCUUUCCCCUGCUGCUCCACCCAUGAAGCAGGACGCAGGGCGAAUGCGUGCCAGUGUUCCGGAGCGCGUCGUGAUCGCUUGUUUAUCCGUCUGAUAAAUGGUUUUGGAGCUCGCCGCGCCCGCCGGUGCAGGCCCUGCGCUCCAGCGCUGCAUCCCGCACAUCCAGCGGGUUUUCCGGGUCAGAGUGAGCUGCAGCACCGCCGAGUCCAGCUGCGAGAGCCCCAACACCGGCUCCAGUAUCAUCGUAAACAUCGAGGACGGCAAGGAAGAAGAUUGCACUAAAGCUAAAGAGUACAUUGUGUCGCUGAUCAGUCCAGUGCAUAAGCACCGUGAGCGUUUGACUCUUUGGCUGCAGCGGCGACUGCAUGCCCUACGUGCAGCUAUUGAGUACGAGAGCUGUGCCGUGGUGCAGGUGAGGGACCAUGCACUGGAGCUUCAGGGAGGUCAUGUGCAGGUAACAGCUGCAUGCGCUAUGCUGCAGCGCCUGAAGAUGGAGCAUCGCGGCUGCCGCGAACCCCAGCCCUUGCCCACUGCUGCCGGCCACGACUCUCCAGAAGAAGAGGAGGAGGAGGAUGAUGAAGAAGCCGGGGAAGAUGGGAGCAGUUCUGAGAGUGACGGAGAGGCGCGGUCACGGAGCGGGAGUUCUGGAGGCACUGUCAGCACGGCAGGGUCAGGAGUGACCGGAAGGAGGCUGGACCCACUCAUAGCAACCAAACCUCACCGGCAGCUGUGCCGCUCAUCCUGUUUGGACCGUCCCAGCUUCAGCCAGAGCAGCACCUUACAGGAGUUGCGCGCAGAUGACACCCAGAGAGCCCAAAUGCCCUUGCGUCAAACCAGCGAUCGAGAUUACCAAACCAAAAUUGACUUUGCUCUGAAACUGGGCUACUCUGGAGAGCAGGUGGAGUCUGUGCUGAGUAAACUGGGGUCCAGCGCACUAAUCAAUGAUGUAUUGGCCGAGCUGGUACGGCUAGGGAAUAAAGGAGAUCCAGAGAGCCAAACAGCAACGGGCACUGCCGGUUUAACACCAUGGGCGGUGGGAGCCAAAGAAGCCGUCAGCCCCGAAGCAUCGUUGGAGGAAGACACAUCAGACACGAAUGACAACCUCCGACCAAUUGUGAUUGAUGGAUCCAAUGUUGCCAUGAGCCAUGGAAACAAAGAGGUGUUCUCAUGCCUGGGCAUUCAACUGGCUGUUGAUUGGUUCCUGGAGAAGGGCCACAAAGACAUCACAGUUUUCGUCCCAGCAUGGAGGAAAGAACAGUCAAGACCUGAUGCGCCAAUCAAAGAUCAGGAGAUCCUACGGAAAUUAGAGAAGGAAAAGAUCCUCGUCUUCACGCCGUCUCGCAGAGUCCAAGGCCGACGAGUGGUUUGCUACGAUGACCGUUUUAUCGUCAAGCUGGCCUGUGACUCAGACGGGAUCAUCGUGUCCAACGACAACUACCGAGACUUGCAGAAUGAAAAACCAGAGUGGAAGAAAUUUAUUGAGGAACGACUCCUCAUGUACAGCUUCGUCAACGACAAGUUUAUGCCUCCUGAUGAUCCUUUAGGCAGACAUGGACCCAGUCUGGAAAAUUUUCUCCGCAAACGACCAGCGGUUCCAGAGCACAAGAAGCAGCCGUGUCCUUAUGGUCAGUACAGCAAAAGUAAGAAGUGCACGUACGGCCAUAAAUGCAAGUACUACCACCCAGAAAGAGCCAACCAACCACAGCGGGCUGUUGCAGACGAGCUCAGAGCCUUUGCCAAACUCUCCGCUGUAAAGACAAUGAGCGAGGGGGCACUUGCCAAAUGUGGGACCUCUGGUUCUGCUAACAAGGGAGACAGUAGCUCCGAGGCAAAGCGAGUGGCACCCAAGCGCCAGUCUGACCCUAGUAUCCGUUCGGUUGCGUGCGAGCAAGAAGAGAGACUCUGUCCAGCACGGAAGGCUGAGGCCAGUUCGGUACCGUCGUUAGUUUCGGCGCUUAGUGUUCCAACUAUGCCGCUGACGAAAAGUCACGCAGCAGGCGCUCUGAACACACGCUCGGCGAGCAGCCCUGUUCCAGGGUCUCUGCACUUUACCCACAGCUCGCUCGAGCAUGCGGGCAGCGUCCAAUACCCCCCCAUCCUAGUCACCAAUAGUCAGGGCGCCUCCGUGGCUUACGGUGAGCCGUUCCCCAAGUACGACUCUGUGGUAAGCGACCACGGCUACUAUUCCAUGCUCAGUGACUUCUCCACCAUCAGCCUCCAAGACAGUUUCUGCAGUCUUGAACAGCCAGAGCCUGUAGGGGUGGGUGUAGGAUAUCCUGGCAGAGCCAGCAUGUGCCCAGAACCCGGCCGAAGUCAUUCGUCGGACUCCUUCUCGUCCUACAGUGGAGAGAUGUACCUCAACUCAUUGGAGGGCAGCCUAGAUGACAGCAUGAAAGGGCCACCGUCGCAGAUCCAGACUCAACCUUCGGCGCAAACACGCCUUCAAGCCUUUGCUCACGGUUUCCACCAUGAGGCCUUGACACGUGUGCAGAGCCAUGGAACGGAUGAACCUAAACCGGGACCUCGAAAGCAGUCCUCCGCCCACCUUACACCACUCUCCCAGCACCCAGUCAUCUGCGCCCGAUCCAGCUGCCCAGGAGACUACCCUCCUAUGUCCCAGAACAUGUUGCCUUCUGCCAGCCCUUCCCAGCAGGGUCGGUCCUUAGGCAUGACUCGAAUGGACAGCAUUUCUGACUCGCGGCUCUACGAGAGCAAUCCGCUGCGCCAGCGGAGACCUCCUCUUUGCCGAGAGCAGCAUGCCAGCUGGGACCCUUUGCCAUGUGGUAACGAGCCCUACAGUUACGGAAGCUACGGAUUAACGGGAGGCCUCAUGCCUUGCUGUGAAAGGGUGAUGGUCCGCAGCAUGCCCGAGAAGAUGGAGCAGAUCUGGAGGUCCCCGUGGGAUAGCGUGCCGCCUCCACCGCUCAGCGCUCGUGGGCCAGCGGAGGAACCCCAAGAGCGGCACCCUAUUCCAGAACACCAGUAUCAAACCUACCGAAACCUCUGUAACAUCUUCCCGGCGUAUGUGGUCCAUUUGGUCAUGGAGGAGAACCCUCACAUGACCGAUCCCCAGCAGCUGGCUGCCGUCAUCGUCACUAAACUGCGCACUUGCCACUAAGCACAUCACGAAGUGCUGCUAACAACACCUAGUGAAUGAGAAAUCGGACACCUUGAGAAUUUCGUAUUUUUGUUUCGCUCUGAAGAAACGGCCAUCCCUCGUGUGUAAUUAUGAUUGGAUCCAUUAGGAGGUUGGCUAGCAUGAUAGCAUUGAUGCUGCAUUGGUUAUGUCAUCUGUUAAGCCAUAUGGGAGCCUGGAUCUUGUACCUGAGAAGUUUAGCGUAGAAACCUGAGAUCCCUCGUAAAAAAAAGUCCACCGUUCAGCUCCUGAGAUGGGCCAAAAGUUUGUUCAUAAAAGUGUAUCCACACUGAGAGAGCAACUGCCUGCCAGUUUGAUGGCAUAUCUUGAGAAUGUCUUCUUUCGUUGUUGAUGAUAACAUUUAUCCUUUGAAAAAGAGUUACAUGA